AUGCCCGCCUACGUACCCCCCCAUCUUCGCAAAAAACCGACUCCCACAACUCCCAGCAGCCAGGGCACCUCGUCCACCAGCUCAUUCAGUCAGGACAACCGUUCACCCCAGUCUCAAGGAAGGUCCUACAACCAAUGGUCACAAUCUGGGUCGGAUAGCUCUCACCCAGGGAGGUCGCAUUUCGCCUCCAGCUACUAUACCCCUCGAGGGGGACGUAGUAAUGGCAACAGCUGGAACGACUCACCCUCUCGGCCCCGCAAUCCCAAGCUGUACACUCAGAAUUCGCCCGCACAGCUCCAUGUCUUUGGUGACAGCUUUGUGGGACCGAUGAAACUGGUCAAUGCCGAUUAUGUACAAAUCAAGACGUUCAAAGGGGCUUCAGCGAAGGGAUUGAACAACCCGAAAUCAAUCAAGCAAGUGUCAACAGAGCUGCUGCCCAUAUUGAACAGUCUGCUCGUCCCUCCCCCCUACGCUUAUCAGUCUAAUCGUGGUCGAUCAGCCAUGUUGGUUUUCGGUAAUGUCGAUCUUCAAAUCAACUACGUGUGGCAAUUGGCCAACAAACCCAUUGAAACUCUCUCCUCCACAUAUAGCGCCCUGUCGGGAGUCAAAGAUGAACGACCAUCUGAGCCUCGACGUACUUCCUCUUCCGAUAUCCUGGCUUCUGCCACCGAAACGUCCUCUGCCGGUCCAGCUUUGGGUCCCGAAGAUUUCGUCAGGGCCGUCGCUGGUGCCUACACUAGCUGGCUUGAGCGGGAGAUUGUGAACAGCGCCAUCGGCGAACGCUUGGUUUCUCUUUCCAAGCGUCGAGAGGCCGACCCUGCUGCAGCGACAGGCGCUGGAUCCAAGAUUCUCAUAGCCAGUGCCCUGCCCCCUCUUAUCGAGGACCACAUGCUCCCCCGUAUACCCGAAAAAUACGUCGAAAGGCUGGAAGAAGAUUUGGGGAAGCAACACAGGGCAGUAGAAAGCCUGAAUGCCGCGGGAAGAAACACUUGGCGAGGUGGAAAGGGUGAUGAGUGGAUUGACGGCAUGUCAAGCCUCAAGGUCAGCGACGAUCCGGUCACUAGGCCCGAGGUCAGCCCGGGAGGAUCAGAGAUAUCUACUGUCGAUUCGCCACUGCCUACCACCGCGAGUGCUGUUUCAACCGCUCCGACUGAGCCCUCUUUGUAUGCUCCUUCCCCAACAUCCCCAACAAAAACCCCUAUCACCUCUCUACUCGAACACGACCCUCCACUGUGCACUCUUCCUGUACGAGUCAAGAUGACGAAUCAUUACAAUUCUGUCCUUUCUGCCUUCUGCGCCAAGUAUCCAGAGAUCUUUACUUUCAUCGACAUCACGCCCGCUAUGAAAGCUGGUUCUGAAGCGCCCUCCGUACACGGCGAAGUCGACAGGGUGGUAUGGGCCUGCCCAGUGGACCCCACGAACGUGCACCCCCUUUGGGAGCCGACUUUGCCGCUGUGGCUGGCAGAGCUGAAGAAAUUGGGCAUAGACACAGAUAGCUGGGAGAUGAGUGAAGACGCAGAAGAGACCUUCAAAGCGUAUGAGAUUGACAAGAGGAGAAGGACGGAGAAGGAUAAGAACAAAUACAGCGAGAGCGUAGCACCGAUCAAGCUGAGAGAUGAAUAG